AUGUUAACAUCAUUUCAACAAGCUGUUCAUAAAGCAUAUGUUAAGACUGUUGAAAAAGUAACACCAACUUUAUCAACUUCAAAGUUUUUAGAAGAAGGUGUUUUAACACCAGAGGAGUUUGUCCAAGCUGGUGACUUAUUAACAGAUAAAUGCCAAACUUGGACUUGGGAAUCAGGUGACCCAUCAAGAAAUGUAUCAUAUUUACCAAAAGAAAAACAAUUUUUAUUAACUAGAAAUGUACCAUGUUAUAAUAGAGUUAGAACCUUAGAGAAUGAAUCAAAAGCAUCAAAAGCAGAUGAAAUCCAAAUUGAAGACGAUGGUGAAGAUUCAUGGGUCGCACCACAACCAGUUGGAAAUCAAGAUGAUAUUGAAGAUGAAAAAGUUGAUAUUUCAUCAUUAAAAAUUGAUGAUAAAAAACCAAAUACGACAACCACUACAACAGCAAAACCAACAAAUAAUAAUAAUAAUAAUAAUGAUGAUGAGGAUGAAGAUGAAGAUGGUGAUAUUCCAGAUUUAGAUGAUUUCCAAGAUGAUAAUAUAAUUGAAGAAGAGGAUCCAGCUGUAUUAUCAAAAAAUAAUAAAACAACAACUACUACAACAGCUAACAACAAUAAUAAUAAUAAUUCAGAAAAUAAAGUUGAAGAUAAUGAUAAUAUUUUACGUACUCGUACAUAUGAUAUUUCAAUCACUUAUGAUAAAUAUUAUCAAACACCAAGAGUUUGGUUAUUUGGAUAUGAUGAAAAUAGAAAACCAUUGAAACCAGAAGAAAUCUUUGAAGAUAUUUCAGAAGAUCAUGCACAUAAAACUGUCACAAUCGAUAGCCACCCACAUUUAGGUAUCUCAUUUGCAUACAUUCAUCCAUGUAGACAUGCUGCCGUCAUGAAAAAAUUGGUUGAUAGACAAUCCGAAAAUGGUAAAGAACCAAGAGUUGACCAAUAUUUAUUCCUCUUUUUAAAGUUUAUUUCAGUUGUUAUCCCAACUAUUGAAUAUGAUUUCACUCUUGAAUUCGAUACAUAA